CACUUUUUCUUGUUAACUUCACGCAACUUAGAGAAUCCAGCGAAAUGUUUUAGGAGUGUAACUAUUUCGUUUUUAUCCUUGUUAAUUCAUAAUUCGCUGUUACUUUGUAACUAAAAGUAAAAAGAAAUAGUGUCGAAUGAGUAACAAUUAUUUUUCACUCUUUCAUUUACGUAAUACAUCAUCUUUAUUACACGUGAAUAAAUUGUCAUGAAACGCGAUAUUUGUCCUCUUUACCGCCUUAUUAAACACAUGGAAAAGAGAGAAUAGGCAUGCAACGAUAAAGCAAGACAAAUUAUUUCGCAUUGUGUGAAUAAAUAAUUCUGUGUUGAAGGCUUGCUUGUUCGCUUUUAUUUUGUCUCUCUUGCAUCGUUAUUCCACUUUUUCAAAAAUUGCUGACUACUUUUUAACGUCACAAAAUAGUGGAAAUAAAAAUGAGACACGAAAGGUGUUGCUAGAACGCAAUGAUAUGUGGAAGCAUUGUAUUUUAUUACUCAAGUUUCUGUGACAUCAUGACUUAUUAAUUUUUCAAACUGAUAUCUUGGAGCGUUUGUAAUAUCGCAAUGUGGUGGUAGGAGGGUAUGGUUACCUUGUAUUUAUAUACCAUUCAAAGCGACGGGAUAGUUGGUAGAACAGUAGUUGGCAUAUAAAGAGUCGAUAGUGCUGUGUUUUAUUUCACUGUGAAAUUUCUGUGUAACUUCCUAAGCACAAGUGAAAUUGUGCCUCGGUAUAACUUACAAUUAGUACAAGACGAGUCGGACCGACUGUGCGCGAAAUUCUGUUUCACAGAAUAUUUUGAAAAACUGUGCUCGCUAACCUGUACAAAUAUGGGUUUACUCUCCGAAGGAAAUCCUUUAAAUUGGGAAGAAACGAAAAAUCUUGCCGAUCAUGUACGAAAACAUGGAAUUAUUCAAUUUAUUAACUUGUACAAAAGACUCAGAGAUCGUCAGGGUGAUGUGCUGAAAUGGGGCGAUGAGGUGGAAUACAUGCUCGUUAAAUUUGAUGACGAGGCAAAAACUGCAAAACUCAGUUUAAGAGCUGAGGAGAUAUUGAAAACUUUAAAUGAGAAAGAAUAUAAUGAUCCAGACAAUAUUAAAUCUUUGUGGAGACCUGAAUAUGGUGCUUACAUGGUGGAAGGAACACCUGGAAAACCAUAUGGUGGACUACUAUUUCAUUUUAAUGUUGUUGAAGCCAAUAUGAGGUAUAGGAGACAAGAAGCAUCGAAACUACUACAACCUAAUGAAGUAUUAAUGUCUUUAACUAAUUUUCCAAGAACAGGAGCUCUUGACUUCACAGAUCCUCCCACACAAGCAACUCCAAAUUCUGGUGCAUCGAGAAGUUUAUUUUUCCCAGAUGAAGCUAUAUAUCCAGGUCACCCACGAUUUAAAACAUUAACGAGAAAUAUAAGACAACGACGCGGAGAAAAAGUUGCGAUAAACAUUCCUAUAUAUAAGGAUACAAAUGUUCCGAAUCCAUUUCGAGAAGAUUUCGGAAAUUUAACUGAUAAUGAAGCUAGUAAUGCAGCAAAAGAAGAUCAUAUUUACAUGGAUGCAAUGGGCUUUGGAAUGGGGUGCUGUUGUUUACAGCUUACUUUCCAAGCUUGUAAUAUAGAAGAAGCUAGAACAUUGUAUGAUCAAUUAACACCCUUAUGCCCGAUAAUGUUGGCUCUAACCGCUGCUAGUCCGUUUUAUCGAGGGUAUAUAAGCGACGUUGAUUGUCGGUGGAAUGUGAUAUCUUGUUCUGUCGACUGCAGGACACAGGAAGAACGCGGUUUGAAACCUCUAAAGGAAAAUAAAUUUAGAAUUAGUAAAUCUAGAUAUGACUCCAUUGAUUCUUAUCUCAGUGAACAAGGAGAGAAGUAUAAUGACGUUCCUUUAACAUAUGAUGACGAGAUAUACAAACAACUUUUGGAUAAUGGAAUCGACAGAUUACUAGCACAACAUAUAGCCCAUUUGUUUAUUAGAGAUACCGUAUCUCUGUUUUCAGAGAAAGUAUAUCAGAACGAUGACGAGGAUAGUGACCACUUUGAAAACAUUCAAUCUACCAAUUGGCAAACAAUGCGAUUUAAGCCGCCUCCACCAAAUUCUUCCAUUGGAUGGCGUGUUGAAUUUCGACCAUGCGAAGCACAAAUUACCGAUUUCGAAAAUGCUGCAAUAGUUUGUUUUAUUGUUCUACUUACCAGAGUUAUUUUAAGUUACAAGUUAAAUUUGUUAAUACCAAUUAGUAAAGUUGAUAAGAACAUGGUGAGAGCUCAAAGAAGAAAUGCGGUCAAAGCAGAAAAAUUUUGGUUCCGUCGAGAUAUUACAUCGGACGUAAACAAGCAAAAAGAUGGCCAAGUGGAAUAUACGGAAUAUACCAUUGAUGAAAUUAUCAAUGGAAAGGAUGGAGUGUUUCCUGGUUUAGUACCACUGGUAAAUUCAUAUUUAACUAGUAUGGAUGUAGAUGUUGACACUCAUUGUUCUAUACAAGCGUACAUGAAAUUAAUACAAAAAAGAGCUUCUGGAGAAUUACUAACAACUGCUGCAUGGUUAAGGAAGGAAGUAGUUUCACAUCCAGAAUACAAAAAUGACUCUGUUAUAACACAACGUAUCAACUAUGAUUUACUGAAAAAAGUACAGAAGAUUGUAUCAAAUGAAAUAUCGUGUCCAGAACUUCUUGGAACGUGUAUAUUAUCUAAAACCAAUGAAACUAUACCUGAGUGGUUGCAAAAGCAGAAAAGGUCUCAUUGACUAUUAAUUGUUAAUGGUAAUACGCUUAAGUAGAUUAUAGAUAAUUCAGAUGAAAUUUCAAUACACUGCACAUAUUUUACAUAUUUAUUGUGAGUAAUCAAUAUUCUAAUGCAAAUACUUAAUGUUUGUUGUUUGUAUUCAAUGGUUCAGCAGUUUGUAAAUAAUUACAUUCCAAGAAAUACUUUUAUUUUUUAGCAUAUUAAAAUAUGUCCGUUUGUGAAAAUAUUAAUAUAAGGUGUGAUUAAAAGAUUCCAACACUAUAUUUUUAGUGAAUAUUGUUUUUAUACAAAAAUAUUGUAAAUAGUAUUCUCUUCAAAUUAUGAUCUUUCUUCACGAAUACAACGAUCACUCCUCUUUUUAUAGGCGGUAAACUUUAUGAAAAAAAAUCACUUUGUAAAAUUAUUAGCCAAAAGUGAUAAUGAAUACAUUAUUCGCAUUCCCUCCUUUUACAUUGUUAAUAGACUGCACAGUUUUGUAGCUUUACUUAGUAAAAAAAGAAUAAUUUUUAUGUUGGAACUUUUUCAUCACGCUUUAUACUUUUAAUUGCAAAAGAAACAAUCACGUUGUAAGGUUUGUAUGAAUACACAUGCAUUAUUUUUUUAUAAUACUAUUACUACACCAUUUAUGAUCAGUGUCAUUGUUCAUCAUACUGUGAAGAGAAAUAGAUUCUUAUUACUGUGCUAUGUGGCAUUGUUGAAGUAUAUAAUUUAAAAGUAUGAAAAUUUGUAUUAAAA